CGCGUUUUGCCGCUGCGCCGUCAGUUGGUCUUUCGGGGAGCAACAUCGACAAUAUGGCUGACGUGACAGACGUGGACGCAGAGCAACUCAGCAAAAAGUUUGUCUGCUGAUUGUGGCAGUCAGUAUGCUGUGUCUGGUCAGGGCAGCGAGGCAGCAGCUGUGCCAAGCCUUUGGGGUCAGGGGACAGUGGUUAAAAUAUGCUCCCCCAUGUACAGCUGCAGCCCCAGCUAAAAUUUACGGGAUCCGUUGGAGAGGUGACAAAAGUGAGCUGAAGAGGCGAAUGAAAGCGGAGAAGAAGGCAGCAGAGAAGGACGCCAAGGUCAAAGACCAGUCCAAUGACCAGGGAGAGCCCAAUGCCGCCGCGUUGGAUGAGGAGACGCUUGACCCAAAUCAAUACUUCAAGAUCCGCACUCAGGCAAUCCAGGAACUCAAGGGCACAGCAGAGGACCCAUACCCACACAAGUAUCAUGUCGACUUGUCACUUACGGAGUUCAUCGAGAAAUACAACCAUCUACAGCCUGGAGACCAGCUGACAGAUGUUCUCAGUGUGUCAGGUCGCAUCCAUGCCAAGAGGGCUUCUGGUGCCAAGCUGAUUUUCUAUGACUUGCGAGGUGAAGGUGUUAAGUUGCAGGUUAUGGCAAACUCAAGGAGCUACAAAUCUGAGCCGGACUUUGAGGCCAUCAACAACAAGCUGCGCCGUGGUGACAUCAUUGGUGUCCGUGGUAACCCAGGAAAGACCAAGAAAGGAGAGUUGAGCAUCGUUCCCAGUGAGAUGUUCCUGCUGUCACCCUGUCUGCACAUGCUGCCCCACCUCCACUUUGGCCUCAAAGACAAGGAAACGCGAUACCGCCAGCGCUACUUGGAUUUGAUUCUCAAUGACUACGUGAGACAGAAGUUUAUAACUCGGGCCAAAAUCAUCACAUACCUGCGUAACUUCCUGGACCAGAUGGGAUUUUUGGAGAUUGAGACCCCAAUGAUGAACAUCAUUCCUGGUGGAGCUGUGGCCCGUCCUUUUAUCACUCACCACAAUGAGCUGGAUAUGAAACUGUACAUGAGGAUCGCCCCUGAGCUCUACCACAAGAUGCUUGUGGUUGGUGGGUUAGACAGAGUGUAUGAAGUCGGCCGUCAGUUCAGAAAUGAAGGCAUUGAUCUUACUCACAAUCCAGAGUUCACCACCUGUGAAUUCUAUAUGGCAUAUGCUGAUUACAAUGACCUGAUGGAAAUCACAGAGAAACUGCUCUCAGGGAUGGUGAAGCACAUCACUGGAGGAUACAAGGUGACGUAUCACCCUGAUGGUCCGGAGGGAGAGGCCCGUGAGAUUGACUUCACUCCACCGUUCAGAAGAGUGAGCAUGACACAGGAGCUGGAGAAAAUUAUGGGAGUGAAAUUCCCUCCUACUGACAGCUACGACAGUGAUGAAACUCGUAAAUUCUUUGAUGACCUGUGUGCACAGAAAGGAGUUGAAUGUCCUCCACCCAGGACCACUGCUCGUCUCCUUGACAAGCUGGUUGGAGAUUUCCUAGAGGUCGAAUGUAUCAACCCGACAUUCAUCUGUGAUCACCCUCAAAUCAUGAGUCCUUUGGCAAAAUGGCACAGAUCACAGAAAGGCCUGACGGAGCGUUUUGAGCUCUUUGUGAUGAAGAAGGAGAUCUGCAAUGCUUACACCGAGUUGAACGACCCGAUUAGACAGAGAGAGCUUUUUGAGCAGCAGGCCAAGGCCAAGGCUGAAGGCGACGACGAGGCCAUGUUCAUCGACGAGGGCUUCUGCACAGCACUGGAAUAUGGUCUGCCUCCAACUGCCGGCUGGGGGAUGGGCAUCGACCGUCUUGCCAUGUUCCUCACCGACUCCAACAACAUCAAGGAGGUGCUGCUGUUUCCAGCCAUGAAGCCUGAUGACAAGAAGACAGCAGGGCCCACAGACGGCACCUCCGUCUAAAGGUCUGACCUCUCCUGCUGUCACAUCUCUGCAGGAGUCGGCACGAAGCGGGAUCCUUUACCUCAGUGUGCUCAUCAGUCGAGUGUGCGGGUUUUGUGUUUUAUCAAUGUUAGUGUGUCACAUGUUGGAUCAUUACAGUCAUUAAGGGAAAACAUCUUGUCUCAGUGGCAUGAUUGACAGGUAAACAGCAAUGAAUGCUUUGCCGUUUCUUUUGCAUUUCUUACACUUUUGCGAUCAUAUUUGCUGCAUCCUCCUCGUUUGACUGUAAGGAGACAUUUUAAUCCGCUUUGCUAUCCACGCAGUAAAUGGAUGGUAUUUGAUCAGGACGUCUUUUGUUCCGCUUUUGAAUGCAGACUGGAUGAAGUACUUGUGAAUACGCUGAAGGAGGUGCUUGAUUCUGGCAACCAAAUAUGCACCAUAGAAUGAAAAAGCUCAAGCCCUCCUAAUAUGUGAAAUGUUCUCAGUGUGCUCAUCUGUUUUUACCAUGUCUGCAAGUAUUUCUUCUAAGAUUUUACAAGGUGGACUCCACCAGUUCAACAGUUCUCUGCCAAGAAGUUUAAAACGGAGUAUGUUUCAAUAAAGUACAUUGAAUCUA